CAUGUGGUUUUCAGGCCGUACUCUUACAGCUCAAGCAGCUUUUGUACUUGGUGUCGGAGGGGCUUCACUUCUUGCCGGCUUUGGAGCAGCCUUAACAUCAUCCAAGAGGAAAGACAGCGAAAUGUUUGCGAAAGGGUUAGAAAAUGGUACUACUCUAGCCUUUAGAGCACUUGGACGAGCGACACUCUACUCUGUCGGAGGAUUCACGCUAUUCUGUCUAGGAGUUUGUGGAAUGCUUGGUGUAAGAAAUGUCAAGGAUUUUGGCAAAAAAAUGCAAGAGUUAAUGCCUCCAGUGCCUCGUAAAGAAAAUCCAGGAAAAUCAGACUUUAAAAAUGCUGAAGAACUUAUAGAUUAUAUAAUAAAAGACGGCAAAAAACGGUAG